UAAGAACGCACGCACAUAUCUAGAACGCCACUGUCUCGCGGUCCUAUCGGUUGUACGUAGUGUUUCUGGAGAAUCACGUUAAGGGAAAAGUUGUAUAAACAACUUGAAGCUGAUUCGGGGUGCCUGAAUGGUAAAGAAGGGACACAACUUGAAGAAUUUGACGACUACAUAGGAGAAUUGCUGGGACGCGUAGUUGCCAUUGCAGUAAUGGAGGCGAUGCCGGGAGAAAAUGACGUUACAUAUUGUGACUCUCACAAACUCGAAGCAGAUGUGGUGAAAACUGAUUUAAAUAACGGAGAUUGUCACAGUAACUAUGGUGAAAGAAAUGCCGAGAAAUUGCCGAAUGCCAAGAAGCUGAAUUGCUUGCAACGACUUCUGUACGAUAUCAGAUUCUUUGUCGGAUGCCUGGCGUUCACUGUUGGGCUGUAUGCGAUGAUUACGACAUAUAAACUGGGAACUCUGACCACAAUUGAAAAACGCUAUAACUUAAAUAGUUCUGAACUCGGCUCCCUUACCAGCCUCCACCAAGUGGGUACUCUUAUCACAGUUAUUUUCUGUGGAUAUCUUGGAGGUUUACCCGAAAGUCACAGGCCCCGCUGGAUUUCAGUGGGACUAUUCAUCAUUGCGAUUGGCGUGUUCUGUUCUAUAUUGCCGCACCUUACUCUUGGGACAUAUGUGUAUCCCCGAGCAACUGACACCAAUAAUGAUAGCGUGUUAGCAAAUGUCGUUAUGUGCAAAGAAUUACCCUUGAACCGAAACCAGACGAUCACUCCAAACAGCGAUAGCACAAGUUGUGACGUCUUUGACAAGGAAGAAGUCCAAGAUGGCAAUGUUGCUUACUUGUGUUUUGCUCUCAGUGCACUAAUAAUGGGCGUUGGUUAUAGCCCGGUAUCAACACUUGGAAGUGCAUUUGUCGAUGACUCAGUCAAACACACGACAUCGGCGUUAUAUCUAGGAAUUAUCAACAUGAUGUGGGGGUUUGGACCAAUCGUUGGGUGGAUAGUCGCAGCUGUCAGUACGCUUGUAUUCGUGGAUCUUGGUCGGGUGAAUCUGGACAAUGUUGAUAUGUCGCCAGAUGAUCCAAGAUGGGUCGGUGCAUGGUGGAUAGGAGGUGUCAUCGUUCUACCCCUCAUGAUUAUGAUGGUCAUUCCAAUUUUCCUAGUACCAAAGGAUUUGAAUGAGAGUCGAAUGUGCAUGAAAUCGUCAAAUCAGAAUGGCAGUGAUAACAGAAAUGAAAACCUGAAACAAAAAGUAAAAAAGGAUACUGUACAAUUAAUAAGAAAGUUGAGAGAGACUGUAAAAGAUUUUCUCAAAGCUUUGUGGCGCUUGAUAAAGAAUCCACACUUUAUAUUGGUGAACGCGGCUUAUGCUGUUGAACUUGGAUGUGUAUUCGGCUUGAUAACAUUCAUACCGAAAUAUAUACAAGAAGAAUUUCACGUGACCCCUCUGGCCGCAAAUAUAACCACAGGUAUGGCAACGGGUGUGCCAUAUGGCAUUGGAAUGCUUCUGGGUGGGUACGUAAUCAAAAGGUUCAACAUAAUUAGAGAGAAGUCUAUCGCAAUGCUCCUGGUGAUAACACUGGGUACGUCUGCUACGCUCAGCUUAAUGUUAUUCCCAUUGGGCUGCAGUGGGCUUAGCAUACACGGAGAAGGCACCGUUGGUCAAUAUAUGUCGAUGGCUUGUGCAGAUAAUUGUCAUUGUUCGCCUGACAUGUAUCAGCCUGUGUGUGGAUCCAAUGGAAUGACGUACGUAUCGCCAUGUCAUGCUGGGUGUACACAACUCAACGACAAUGGGACCUACCUAGAAUGCUCAUGCGAUGAACCGCUUUUAACUGGAGACAAAAUAUCUUCAAGUCCACCGACCAUGGCCGAAGAUGGCAUAUGUCAUGAGCCCGAAAGGUGUACAGCUUUCAUUCCAUUUGUGAUUCUGGUUUUCUUCCUUUCCAUCUCAUGUUCAUUUCGAGAAGUGCCCGCCAUGAUUUUAGCCAUCAGAUCUGUGGAUAAGAAUGAUAAGUCAUUUGCACUGGCAGUGAGAUUUCUCCUCGUACGAUGUCUUGGACCCAUUCCUAUUCCUCUGUUGUAUGGGGUUGUAAUCGACAACACAUGCUCAUUAUGGAAGACAUUCUGCAAUGGUUCUAUCCGAGGAGAUUGUCUUUUUUAUGAUAACGAUCUAUUGAGAUACAGUCUUGUGGGGUUGACCUUUGCCCUGAAAUGUGCGUCAUGUCUGAUGUUUGUUUUCUUAUACUUGCUGUGGAAAUAUCGC